GAAAUAGGAGGGGCUUCAAAACGACUAGAAAUGUCAAUCUGAGCAAGGGAGUCCCAAUAAUCUGAAGCAAUCUGUAAGGACCUGACCUUAGUCCAUCCAGAUCAAUAGGGAAGUGAGGGUGGAGAGAAGACGAAGAGGAGGAAGAAACGCGGGACGCAAGCGGGAUCGUUUACAUUGGCUGUUCCCGAGGAAAUAGACUUCCAAUACCUGGCAAAUUUUGUUGCUCACAUGUUCACACUGUAAAAGUGGAUACCGAGGCAAGUCCGUUGCUUUGCGAGGCUGCAGAAGAAUCUUCCCCCCCGCUUCCUACCAACAUGUCUUUCCCUCAGCUGGGAUAUCAGUACAUCCGACCGAUAUACCCGCCGGAGCGACAGGGGAUCGCGGGCAGCACCAGGGCCGGGGCGGAGCUGAGUCCGUCAGGCGCACUUUCCAAUGUUCUAUCCAGCAUGUACGGCUCUCCUUUCGCCGCUGCCGCACAGGGCUACGGAGCCUUCCUACCUUACUCCAACGAUAUAUCCAUUUUCAAUCAGUUGGGUGCUCAGUAUGAUCUAAAAGAUGGCCACGGUGUCCAGCACCCAGGGUUCGCCCCCCCUCACCCGGCUUUUUAUCCAUAUGGUCAGUAUCAGUUCGGUGACCCGUCCAGGCCCAAAAACGCCACCAGGGAGAGCACCAGCACCCUGAAGGCCUGGCUCAGCGAGCACCGCAAGAACCCCUAUCCGACCAAGGGCGAGAAGAUCAUGCUGGCCAUUAUCACCAAGAUGACCCUCACACAGGUGUCCACUUGGUUUGCCAACGCCAGGAGGAGGCUAAAGAAGGAGAACAAGAUGACCUGGACCCCUCGGAACCGCACCGACGAAGAGGGGAAUGUUUACACCAGCGAUCAUGAGGGGGAGGAGGGGGACAAGAGGGAGGACGAGGAGGAGAUUGACUUGGAAAACAUCGACACGGAAAAUAUUGAGAGCAAGGAGGACUUGGACGAACAGGACGACCUUCACUCAGACAUUAAACUAGACGGAAGGAGUGACUCGGAGAUUUCGGAUGGUUAUGAGGAUUUACAAGGUGCGGAGCAGAGGUUUCUGAAGGCUGUAGGGAAGGAGGCCAAGGACGCGCAGAGAGGAGGGGAGCUCUUCGGCCACCACAAUCACCACCACCACUCCUCUUUGGAAAUCAAGGCGUCCCAAGCGAACACAGAACAGCUGAAACUCAACCCGGUAUCCGUCAGCUCUCCGCCCUCAGAGAACAACCCAGCCCCGGCCCAGAAACCAAAGAUCUGGUCGCUGGCAGAGACUGCCACGGCUCCCGACAAUCCCCGCAGGUCGCCGCAGGUAAAUGGCAGCGGGCCGACAGCGGCAGGAGGAGGCGCAGCCACCCAGACCAUCCUCGGUCCACACAGACUCAUCUCUUCCUGUCCCGUUGGGAAAAUCCAGAACUGGACGAACCGAGCGUUCUCGGCGCACCAGCUGGCUUUACUGAACUCCAAUCAUUAUCUGGGACUUGCGAACCAGGCCACCGCCACCAGCCUGGCCCUGUACAGCAGCAGGCAAGCGGAGGACAAGAGUCAUAGUUCAGAGACUGCAGUCACAGGUACAUGUCCCCGGCACUGAGACCCGCAUGUAGAAAAAAAAAACCUCCAGAGACACUAUAGGCAAUUUUCUGUUUUUUUAUUUUAUUUUAUUUUUUUUUUAUUUUAGGUCUCCCUUUGCUUUCUUCACCUCACGGAUAUGCUGUUUUCUCUCUGUUGAGGCCACAAUAUGAUCAGUGUUGAAGUGUUACAGUUUGGAGCAGACAGUGUUUGUGUGUGUGAAAGAGAUUUUUUUUUUUUUUUUGUGGGGGGAA